AUGGCUGGCUGCUGGAGGGCAGCAGCCCUCUGCCUCCUGCCUGCCUUGCUGACCACCCUUGGAGCAGCCCAGGAGGAGCAGCAGCCGCUCCCUGAGCAACUGCUGGCGCAGUUACAGACCAGCAGAGAUGUGUACACGGCGCUGGACCUGCUGCGGGCCCUCAACGACACAGCCGGGUCGCCGGUGGGGGAGGUCCUCACCCUGCAAGGUCGGCGGCUGGCGGGUGGAGCCUUGGCCUUGCGUGUGGAGAAGGUAACGCAACGCCUGGUCUCAGAAGCUUGGCACCCUGCUGCAGACGACAUCUACAUUCACGCCCAGGACUUGAUCGCCUUCCAGGGCAGCCUGCCCAUCAACGGCGGCAACCGCAUAGUGGUGCUGCGCGGCGGCAAGGCGGGCGCCAGCGGCGGCAACCCGACGGUGCUGGACUGGGGGAGCUCGGUGAACGUCAUGUACCACCCAUCUGGCCACUCCUUCUAUGCGUACAACCUCAUCCUGCAGGCGCGUCCACUCUGUGGCUGGCAGGCAGCAACCCAAUGCGGCGCGUGCACGCGCUCAGUUCACCUGCGCGCCCUCACCCUGCAGGGCCUGGCCCCCGCCUCCUCUGGCUACUCUGCUGGUAUGAGCAAGCAGAUGGUGGGCGGCAUGUUCUGGCCCACCUACAGCGGCGAGCCGGGGCACAUGAUGGCCUUUUGGAACACCACCAUCCGCACAGUCAGCGCCUCGUGCACCGCAAACGCCACCGAGUUUCGAGCGCACGCCAUGCAGCACUUGGCGGGGCGCAACGACACCGUCACCUCGCCCAGCCCCGACACCAUUCUGGUCGCCCAGCAACUGAACGGCAGCAUGGCAGUGCGCGACACGACCAGCGGCGAUUGGGUGGGCAAUGUGCGCUGGUCCUAUCAAAACACAACUCUCAUCUGCUCCCUGCCGCCUACCAACCGCUCGGUCGCUCCGACAACCCUGGCAGAGGUGGCGUCGCGUGCGGCUCUGCACACAGCCUCCACGGGCAUUGCUGGCACGGCAGACGAGCUGAUGUACCUUCUGGGCUCCCCACAAGUGUCUCUCAUCGUGCUGGGAGCCCACAUCUCGCUUCAGGCGGUGCACUGGCAGGCCUACUCCCUGCCCAUCGUGCUGCGCCGCAAUGUGUCCUUGGAAUCCAACGACGAGCAGCUGAAAGGCGAGGCCAGCAAGAGGACCUCACCUAUUGGAAAGUGCUCUGAAGCAGCUCAACCGCCGCUGGUGGCAGCGCUGUACCUGCUGGAUCUGGGAGGCAACCACCAGCUGCUGCAGCUGUCCGCCGGCGCCGUGCUGAGCUUCACGCGAGUGCACCUGCAGGGCACCGCUGCCCCAUCUGCCGUCAUCAGCAACCGAGCCACCUCCAUCCCCGGCUCGCCCCUGUGGCCGUCUGUGGAUGGCGAUGCGGGGCACGAAGUGCGGCUGCUGGACUGCGUGAUGCAUGCCAUCGUGAACCCCUGCAGCCGCAACUCGACACGCAUCACAGUGGAGCUUCUGCGCAAGGUGCUGGGGCAUGAUGGCGUGCAGGAGCUGGGCGACACAGGCUACGCCAUCAGGCCCCGCUACCGCCGCCGAGCGUCCAUCAUCAACAGUACUGACCAGGAUGAAGUGGGCAGCGCUGUCUACACUGUGGAGAACGUGAUCAUGGAGUGUGAGGAGGAUUCAACCAUCUCCCUGGCAGCUGAGCUCAAGCGCAGCGCAGCCAUCAUGGCAGCCUCUUCGGCGCAAGCAGCGGCCGCGGCAGGCAGCGGCGGCAAGCCUGCAUGGAAGGCUGCGGCGGCCGCUGGUGCGGCGGCCGCUGGCAUGGUGGCCAGCGCUGGCGGCUUCGUGCUGUGGCGCCGCCAUCGGCGCCGCAAGCGGGCUGCCGGGUCUGCCGCAGCGGGGCCAGGAGAAGCAGCCAAGGGCAAGUCGCCAGAAAGGGUGCCUCUCACCCCACGGGCAGCCAACAUGGACCGCAUGGAGUCUGGCGGCAACACUCAGGCCGCCCAGCUGGAUGCUGAGCUGGAUGCCGCCAUCGCCACCACCGCGGCCCGCCAAUGCCAGGAGCCCAGCGAGAUCCCAACCGGAAGCAGCGGCAGCCCCGGGUGUGGCAGUGGAGGCCGUGGCAGUGCAAGCGAGGGUAGGGAGCUGGCGCGGUGGCGCGGUCCUGAUCUGGAGGGCAGCUGGGCGCAAGACAAGCUGUGGCGCACCAGGUUUGGCGUGCUGGAGGGCUUGGAGAUUGCAGAGCUGCUGGGCAGGGGAGGCUACGGCAAGGUGUACAAGGGGCGCUGGAACGGCGCCAUCGUGGCGGUGAAGGUGGUGGAGCACCGCGUCGCGGCGGGGACUGAUGGCAGCCUGUCUCGCGAGCCGCUGCUGUGCAUGAGCGUGUCCCACCCCAACUGCAUCACCACCUACAAGCUCUCGGUCAUCCGCCUGCUGCGGGGGGAUGACUUGCUGGAGUCUGAGGACUCGGCAGGGGGUGGCCGCCUCUCGGAUGACAGCGAGUGCACAGAUGACACAGCACGCACAGGCACCGGUGGUCAGAGCAGCGCCAGCGGCCGCCGCGUGCGCUCGCUGCUGUCUGGCGCGGAGGCUGUGGAGUAUUGCGACCGCGGCACUCUGGUGGAGGCCCUGGAUGAGAAGAAGCUGCGCCUGCCAGACGGCAGCCCCAACAUGGUGUCUGUCUACCUGUGCCUGCUGGACAUCGCCAGCGGCAUGCAAUAUCUGCACUCGCUGGGCAUCAUGCACAGCGACCUCAAGCCCGCCAACGUGCUGCUGAAGGGCGCCCGCAACAGCAAGCGCGGCUUCAUUUGCAAGCUGGCCGACUUUGGGCUGAGCAGGAUGCUGGACGGCUGCGCCACGCAUGUGGAGACGGGCAGCCUGGGCACGCCCACCCACGCUGCCCCCGAGCUGCUCAGGGAGGGGCACCUGUCCCCUGCGGCAGAUGUGUUUGCUUUUGGCGUGCUGGCCUGGGAGCUGGUGGCCGGGGAGGAGGCGUAUCGCGGCAUGCACCCCAUGCACAUCAUCCUGCAGGUCACGCAGCAGGGCACUCGCCCGCCGCCGCUGCCCGACUGCCCGCCGCCGCUGGCGCAGCUGAUGCAGCGCUGCUGGGAGGAGGAGCCGGCGGACAGGCCGUCGUUUGCAGACCUGCUGCCAGAACUGAGCGAGCAGCUGCAGGCUUUCAGGCAGGAGAAGGUCGUUCAUUUAGUUGGGAGCUCUAUCAGCUCUUCUAGCCCACUAAACACUAACCAAGCUAAGCAGCUGAAGUCGCGCUUCAACUCGUGGGAAAGGUUUUGUGAAGCACAUCCACAGGCGCGCGUCGCCAUCGCCGUUCAGUCAGGCUACUCCCACGAGAUCAAGUUCUUUUGCCAUUCCAUCGUGUUCUGGGAGGAGUUCAAGGACUUCUUCACUGAGCGGUGCGCCGCCGCCGGCAGCCGCUCCGAGCGGUCGCGGCUGAAGGGCGAGCUGGGCAAAGCAGGCAUUGAUUUCAGCAAGUUUCUGGCUUUGGCAAUAGACCUGUGGAAGGCAGAAGGUGUUAUCUCUCAGUUACAGGCAGAUGUCAUGAUCAAGCUGGCAACGGGCACUGCAUUCGACACGGAUGGGAGCUUGUUGUCCUGGUCUACUUGCACGGGAUCUUUUUGGCUGUGGCCCGUCUAG